AUGGCGGACAACGAGGACGAGAGCAAUAUGUCAAGUACAACAACAGGGGCAGAUCACGGUACAAUAGCUCAAGUUCCAUGUGUUUCUGGAUUGCCAGUAAACCAGAACCAAAUCGGCGAGAAAUGCAUUGAAGCAAAUGCACCUGAGAUCACCGAAGCGCAUGGCUUGACAGAUUUCCUGCAAAGCUGCACAAAAGAGGAUACAUUCGUUGCAAAGGACUCCCAGGAGGUUGUCAGCCAAACUGAAGACAAUGAACAACAACCUGAACAGAACAUAACGUCUAUUGUUGAGACCUCAUGUAUUGCAACGGGUGCAGAGUAUUCUACAGUCAGUGCUGACUUUGUAAAUGCUCUUGCACCUGGGACCACCAUCAUUUACGUGCAACCAGAUGGUAGUUUUGUUGAGGGAUCAGGUCUGACUGAAGAGGAGCAGCAACAGCUAGUGGAGCAGUUGGCCAAACAACAGCUUGUUACAGUGACUGAGAGUGAGGCUGCUCGCCUGUUUGAACAAAAUCAAGGCAUCAAAACACUCCCUACUACUUCGUCACAGAUACAGUAUACUAUUCCCAGUACAGCACUGGCUCCCAACGAACUGCAACAAGUAAUAGAGCAAGUUACCAAAUCUCAGCAAUCCAUGGCCCAGACACCCAAGGAAUCGGAGCAGGUUGUGACCACACUGGACCCCACAACUGGCUUGUUCACGACUGUUGCAGCUUCAGAGAUUGCAGUAGCAAGCCCAAAGCCACUGGUCACUAUGCAGAAUGCAUCACAGAAGCUGAAGAAUGUUGCGAAACAAGUGGCACUUCAGUCCAACAAUGGAACACGCCUGGUUCAGAAAAAGGUAACAACUUUUCUUUUGGUAUUUGUUCAUGUAUUCUGUUAGAAUCUAGCUAGUAAUCCAAAUUAUUGCUUUAAAUAGCUCGUGUGACUUUCACGAAUAUGUAAAUAUAAUAAUAAUAAUAUAAUAUGCCAUUUAGCAGACGCUUUUAUCCAAAGCGACUUACAGUCAUGCGUGCAUAAUAAUUUUUUUUUGUGUGUAUGGGUGGUCCCGGGGAUCGAACCCACUACCUUGGCGUUACAAGCGCCGUGCUCUACCAGCUGAGCUACAGAGGACCACAUGUAGCAUGUAGUAUGCUCAAUUGUCAAAUUCUGUUUUAAGGAGAAAAAAGCAGAAAUUCGAUCAUGACACUUUAAUCAGCUGUAUCAAAUCUACUGUCUGGCAAUUAUGACCGCCACUGACAUGAAUAUUGUUUAUAUUUUACCAGCAGGAAACCAUCCGAAUCCAAGUCCAGAUGCCCUCUGGAAAGCAGGAGGUGAAAGGACCUACGCAGACUACCAUUUCAAUCCCUCAACAGAAGAAUUUUGCUGUGGCGAGUCAAGGCCAGCAGGUCAAAGUGUCUACGAACGGCGGUGUGAGCAGCAGCCCACAGAUCAUCCACAUCACACCCAUAGUUGGACAGCAACAGUACUUCCUACAGCAGAACCCUGGAGACCCUCCUAUUCAGCUGCUACUGCAGAGCUCAACACCCGUGGUUGGCAGCUUGGUUCCCGUUGUGCACAAACUGCCCAUACCUUUUCAGACCCCUGUCCAGCAGCCUUCAGGUAAGGCCCCGGUCAAUGGCACAACAGUCACAGCAGUUAAACCUGCCACUGCUGCUGCCAUGUCUGUCUCUGUCCCCACACUGGAAAAAGUGAAAAGGGUCAAAACCAGAAUGAAAAAGGCACCGAAUAUCAAAACGCGUUCCGGCAGGGUGUCCAGACCGCCCAAGUACAAGGUGAAGGACUAUAAGUUCAUCAAGACAGAGGACUUGGCCGAGAGCCAUCAGUCAGAUUCUGACGACUACUCUGAGAUCAGUGUGGAGGAAGAUGAGGAUGGUGAGGAUGGUAAAAAGGGAGCAUCAUCUAUGAUUUACAGUCACAAGCGGAAGGCCUUUCAAUGUGAAACGUGCGAUAAAGCUUACAUAGGCCACGGAGGUCUGUCCAGACACUACAGGCUGAACCCCUCCCACGGUGAACUGAAGUCCCCUCCUGAAGGGACCCCUAAAACAGACGGCCCUGGUAAAAGCACAGACGCUGGGGCCGAACAUAAGAAGCCGACUGAAGAAAGUAAUGCCAGCAGUGUUAAAAAUACAUCGGUUCCUGAGAAAAGUGAGGCCUCAGAGAAAACAGCUGCUGCAACGUCAACCACUCAACAAAAAGUAAGACCCUAGAAAGUUACCUUGUCUCAUCAAACGUUGACAAAAAAUUACCAUUGGAAUGUUGACGACCCACGGCUAAUUUAGCCUAAAGCUAAUAUGGUUAUGUCUGUCUGUUAUAGUGACGGUUUCCUGGACACAGACUAAGCCUAGUCCUGGACUAAAAGUACAAAUCAUGCACAAUGGAGAAUCUCUAUUGAAAUAGCUUUAGUUUAGGAAUAUGCUUAAUCUGUGUCUGGGAAACCGAUCCAUAGUGUUUUUACUGAUUCUGUUGUACCUCCAAAGGCGGAUACCACGGCAACCCAAGGAGUAGCAGCUUCUACCAGGCAGACAAUGGUCCAGGCUCGGGGACCAGGGAGGCCCAGAGGACGGGGCAGACCACCUACCAAAGCACACCCAGCGGUGAGACGGGGGCGACCUCCAAAGCUAGGAGGGGGAGCAGCCAGUGUGGAGCAGCAGGCCCAGAGUAGGAAAGCGUGGCUCAAAGAGGUACAUCAAAUUAAGCGUCAGGAUUAGAAAACAUUACUGCCAUAAAACUAAAAUGUGCUCAAAGGCAUUUUGUUCUAAGAAUGCAACACAUAGCAAUGCUGUGAGUAUCACAUCUGAAAAUCAUACCUACCAAUGGCACUAAUGACAAAGGAUAGGAAUGUGUAUGUACUAGUACUUUACUAUGUCACUUGUCCCCUGUUUAGGUGACACACGAAUGUGAUAAUGAAGAACUCAUGGAGAUUGUGCUCCCUCGUCUGGCUAAGGUCAUGACUGUCUGGGAGUUCCUCCUGAUGAAGGUACGGUCACCACCUGAAAAACAGUUGCAUGCCCCACUUUUAGUUUUUUACACAAUACAUGGUUUUUACUACACAAUGUUUGAAUGCAUGGUGAUAUAGUGGGAAAAUUGGAUGAUCAAAUUGUAGGCUUGAUAUGGAAGCUAUUUACCUCUGGACAAAUGGGGGAUCUUUUUAUCACAUUCUUAGCAACAGGCAAAUAAAGAAUAAGACGUUCUGUUUUUAGUUUACUGAAUAUGUGUAUCCUAUUUAACCUAAGGUGGAGAAGGGGCGGCAACCCAAAACCCCGUUUUCGGAUGUGUACCAGGAGUUUGAGCAGCUCCACAGCCAGGUGAAGAAGAUGGCCCAGGACUACAUCAGUAACCCUCAGGGUGUCCACAUGGCCUUGGAGGUCCACAAUAUAGAGGUACAAAUAAAUACAAUAAAAUAUUUUCCAACUAGCACUGACUUUGCUGAUACUACUUUGAGGGAAAAUGUACUUGCCUACGACUGUGAUAUGUGGUUGUCUCACCCAGCUAUCUUAAGAUGAAUGCACUAAUUGUAAGUCGCUGGAUAAGAGCAUCUGCUAAAUGACUAAAAUGUAAAAUGUAAGUAGAUCUAUAUUCCUCAAUUCAAUCCAACUGAAUGUAGCCCCUAGGGAGAAUUAAUAAAGCCAGAUCUCAACUCAAGAUCCUCAACGUAUAAUACAGUAUACAGACUUCACAUUAUUAGAAUCACUGCACUGGAAGUUGAAACGUUAUUAAAAUGCAUUCACAAAUAUUAUUCCAUCUUGGAAGCAAAAUGUACAGAGAAAUGUUUCAUACUGUGCGUCCUGUCGCUUAGGUUGCCAAAUCUCUUGGCAUCUUCGAUGAGGUGAACAAGUUGAAAGUUCUGAACCCACCAACGCAGCAGAAUGUCACCAACAUGGCAACCAAGAAUGUCCGCUACAUGGAGGUAAGGAAAGCACAAUUUAAUUUAGACUGCACACUUUUCUCUAAACUGUUAUGGAAUUAUGGCAUUAUUAUGCAAUUUUUUUCAUAGUAAUGAAUUGUUAUGAGAUGCUCAGAUUUGAGUAAUUGUUAGGUUGAUGCAAGUCUUAUUUUCUCUACCUAGAAUUCUAAAAUGUUACCUCCAACAAAGAGAUUUAAAAUGGAAAACCAGGCUGGUGUUCAGAUCCAUCAGAACGGCAUUGAGACUUCCACAAAAGGUAUGUUGUAUUUUUUACCUGCUACUAACAACUUGUGGAUAGAUAUUUGCUACAUGUCCAAACCAAAAGUUGGAAGAAAUCAUGGAAGAUCACUUGUCAUCAUCUUCUGCUUUCAUUUCCCUGUAUCCUCUCAGAAUCAAGUGAGGCCAAAGUAGAGAACACCGCAACAACAAGCAUGAAGGACAUUUUACCACAUGCUCAGGUGCCCACCAAGAGCACAGCAGGAUCUCAAGCUACUCAGACUGCUACCAUCACACCACAGGUUGUCUCAUCUAACCCAGAGACCAACAUAACACCCAUGGAACUGAUCCAGGAUCACUUAUCCAACAGCAUGACAGAAACAGUUGACUCAGUGGGAGAGGAGGCCAUGGAGACAGAUCAGGGUGUGUCUGGUACCGAACCUACUGAGGUCCUGAGCACCAGUGACAUAGCAGAUCAAAUGAAGGAGCUAGAGAAGGCCUUGGCCACAGACCAAGUCGCAGUUGAUCAGCAGCCCAGGAGUACUCAGCCGCAGCAGUCCAACCCUACCCCAGUCCAGCAGAGUGGCCUGACCCAGGCUGUCUCUACCUCUAGCGAAGGAGGCCAGGUGGUGGUUCAGGAGGCACAGGGCAGCCAGGAGGCCCAGGGCUGCCAGGAGGUCCAGGAGAUCUACAUCCAGACUGAGGGGCUGACCAUGCACCUAACAGAGGGCCAGGAGGGCGAAUUGGCCUCGGAGCGCAUCAUCAUCGUCAACGGGCCUGACGGCACCACUAUGCACAUCCGCGCCCCUGAAGGAGUCCCUCUGGAAGCAGUCCAUGCUCUGCUUGGUAUUGAGGCUGAGGGGAAAACACAGCAGUGA